AUGUUCAUUCUUCCUCAGCCUGACGAUUUAAUUUUACUCUCCCCUCUCCCCCCAGGCCAUGCCAUCGACGAUGGAUAAUGGAUAUUCCAAUAUUGCCCCUGCGCCUCCAUCAAAUGACCGAAUCAUGCUCAACGUCGGUGGUACUCUCUUCGAGACUACCAUAUCAACGCUUGAAUCCGGUGGUCCAGACUCUCUACUGGCCGCCCUCGCGAACCGUCCAAGCCACGAGUCCCAACCGGUUUUCAUAGACCGGGACCCCGAGAUUUUCUCGGUUCUCCUCACACUUCUCCGGUCAAACCGCAUCCCCUCCACCGCCAGCCGCUUCUCCAAGCAAGAACUCACUGACGAAGCCCUCUACUACGGCAUCGAGUCACGUCUCCGCUCAGCGAUGUCACCGGCUCAACUCUCCGGUAUUGAUGCCUCUAUCGUCGCCAACAUACGCCCAGCCGCCGACGGAAUCUCUUCAGCGUUUACGGCCAUCGAUGAUGGUUCUGUAUGGAUCGCCCACGGUGGUCAAAUAUCGGUUUAUGACUGGAACCUCUCUCACGCUGGCACUUUUCGCACUCACCUCGAUAACAUAACUUCCAUCUGCCGCGCCUGGCCGGAGGUUGCAGCUAUUGGAUCGGACUCCGGAGCUGGUCUCCACUUCUACGACUUCUCCGGCGGGCGCCAUAUUGGUACACUUCACUGGACCGACCCCUCUGAUCCGCGGAUAUACAAAGCCGAAGUCACUGCGAUCGCUAAUUCGCCUACUCUUGUUUUUGCCUCGUUUGCGUGUCCGCAUAGGGAGAACUGCAUCCUUGUGAUUGACGAUUCAACUCUCCAGAUCGUAUCGGAACUCGGCAGGCAGUCCGGUAGCUCAGCGAAAAACAUGCCCCCCGGGAAGCUCACGUGGAUGCCGGAGACGGGCGUGCUGAUAGGGAGUGCGGUGACGUGCGGGGCAUUCGGAUACUCAGGUUACAUACGAAUAUGGGAUCCGAGGUCGGGGAUUGUGGUUUGGGAGACGAACGAACCAGGUUCUGGACGAAGCAGCAGGUUUGGAGACCCAUUGGCUGACGUGGACGUCGACAUUGAGGAGUCAAUUAUGUUCAAAAUCUGUUCGAAAUCUGGAGACUUGGCAAUGGCGGAUUUGCGUAAAUUAGGUGAUGAUCCAUGGGUAUAUGUGACAGAGAAAAACCCCAGUAUGAGAAACACAAGCAGUGGAGGAGGCAAUAGUGUGGUGCAUUGUUAUAGGAGCCAAGCUUUUGUGGGGAGAGAAGGGAGUUUAGAGGUCUGGUCAAUGGUUGAGGAUAGAAAAGACGGUGAACCAGAGAGAGUUUAUAGAAGAAACUUUGUGGAUAAAGUGGAGGAUUCAGAGAGAGGGUUGAUUAGGAAAAUUGAAGGUGGUGGAGAUAGGUUGUUUGUUAGUAGAGAUGAUGUUGAAGGCGUUGAGGUGUGGGAAAGUUCUUAUUUUUCUGGUGCAAUUCCAGUCUUGUGACACAAGCUUUUGAUUUCUUUUAGCUAUAAGAAAGUUUAUUGUUCAUAGUCUUGUUUAAGUUUCUAUAGGAUGUGAAAGGAAAGUUGUAAACCGAUAGACUUGUAGAAAUUAAGAAUCAAAUCCAUGGGGCAAAGUUUCUAGCAGUUGAAACCUUAACUGCUCACGGUUGGUGAUUUCUCAGGGAUAUGAAAUCAAACAUCUUUCUGAUUGAUAGUCUUGGAUGGUGAUGAGUUAGGGAUUGGUUGUUUUGUUUUGGCUAUUGGGCUCUUUAGGGGAAUCUCAAUGUUUGAAGUGAAGAUGAUUGAAUUCCAAACAGAAUGCAGCAUGAUAUGUAAAGCAGUGAAAGUAGGCAAUCACUCAGAAGAUGAGGAGUUCAAAACUUGGAAGUAACUAGUCUACUCUCCUUAGCCAUUAGAGAAUGUAUUUGUGAUGUUCAAAUAUCUUGUAACUCAUAUUUUUGUGAUGUUCUACAGGUUUAGGAGCCUGAGAAUCUCAUACCUAGUGAAACAGUAAGAAGUAAGCUUCUUCCUAUGUUGAAAAUUUAUGCUGAUUCUUUGGCUGCCUUUUAUUAUGUCAUUCUACCAGAGAAAGCUAUAUUUGCCAAGAGCAAGUGGCGGAAGUUACUGUUGCUAAAAAUUUGGGAUUGAAACUGGCAGCUAGUGUGUUCGCAGUGCUUUCCAAGCUGUGAAUUAUUGUAACAUCUUCUUUUGUUCCUGAUGCAGCAGCAUCACCCGUUCAGGUAUAUUUGGGUUUUGGUACUUAUGUUACCACUCCUAAUUCUGAUUGCCAGUUUGAGAUCUGCUCUUUGUUUGCGCCGCCCUUGGUCUGCUUUGAUUGAGCUCUUUGAGGCUCUGUUGGCAUGUUUGGUUGCCUGUCAAGUUUUUGGCAUCAUCAAGUCAUCAACGUGCUGAUAUGCUCAGCACAGACACAGACUAAACGUCCAACCCAUUUGUUUUUUCCUGCCUGCACUGUUUAAGGAGUGAUACUUGUUUUGUAUCAAUGAAAUGUGAAAUAAGGAAAUGGAUGGAUGCUGGAAUGCGCUGCAAAAAGGUUAGAAUGAAGUCCAUAGUUGCAUAAACGAGCAGUUGGUGGCACAGAGCACGCUCUUACGCUAUGUUUGGUAUGACCGUUCCGGCGGGAACGGAACGGUCAAUUGCUUUCUCCAAAGGAAUUCCGUCGUUUGGUAUGACAGACAACAUUCCGGAAUUGAUCCAUGUUCCGCUCUUCUCCGGAAUUGAGGAUUCCCGUCUCCCCCCCAGGGAUUCUGUAUUCCAGGCGGAAUGGGAACUUGUUUGAUAAGGUUAUGACAAAUUUGUCCCUUUGAAUACUCUUUGAACACCCUAUUUCUCAGCUGAUAUCCAUGUCAACCGAGGUCCAAGCUUGGACAAGCAAAAUGGAUUUGCAGAGUCGCAUGGCCAAGAGGAUGAGUUAUUGAUGAUAGGGGCUCGAUGAGUUCUCGUUAAUGGAGGCUCGAUGAUGAACAAGCAAGGAGUCCUCUUUGGAAGCUUCUGGGUUUCAUUGCUGGAUAAGAUCUGGAAAUCCAUCUGGUCAAUCUCACUCAAAUUUUAUCCAAUCAAAGAAUGACACUCAACAUUCAUGGAAAUUGCUUGGUUUAA